AUGGCGGCCGUAGGCACAGCCCAAGCCAUGGACAUAGAGCCUCAAUUCCGCGCGGCGCAGUACCACGCGCCGUGCCAAGACCCGCCCAACGUUGUUAACCUUGCUGACGCGAGCAUGGAUCAAAUUGGCAGCCCUGACCGCAUGCCUCGCCGUUCACCCCAGUCGCCCUCACAAGACCACGACGCUGGAUCCUCCUCGACCUCUUGCGAGCCUCGCUUUCCGUCCAACGCGGGGAGCUACGAAUCUCGAAGUGGCUACCAAGUUGCUCCUAGUAGGACCGCGUCGCCUCCCAGGCGGGACUCGAAUUCCCUUUUUUCCCGCCGCAACCGCGGAGAGCUCAGUCCGCUGACCACGUUUCAAUCGCUUUCCACCUCCGCGCAAGCUUCGUCCGCUUCCGCCACUCCGCUAGAGUCCUUCGCGCGGGGCGGGUUUGCCCCUGCCGAUGGGGGGCGGAGCUCCCGUUCCCCCUCCCCCCGCCUUUUUAAACCUGCCACAGGCACCGCCUCCUCGACAAGCUCCCCCGACCAUCCCGCCACCGGACUGUACCUGGGACCCGCUACGCGGAACUCCCCGCGCGCACUGGCGGGCGGCGGAAUACCGUCCGCUCAGCGCGCGGGUUCACCAGCUGGUGUGUCUAGUGGCGUAGUAGCUGGCGCGGGCCUUCCAGUAAACCCGUUCAACCUGGCGCACGGGGGCUGUCCGCGAUCCCCCAUGCGCUCCCGCCAACAGCUUUCCGCGCAUGGCGGCUCGCAGCGCGCAAUUGCACCAUCCCCGCUUUCCGAGCUGCUUAGCGCGGGAGGUUCGAAUCGGAUGGAUAUCCAGCCUGACUCGCUAGAAGCAGACACGUUACAGAUACAGAUUCCGAAGGAUCAGAAACAUUUGUCGCAGCAGCAGUUUCCGAGCAACGGUCGAUCGCAACACAACCGGGAGGAACACCCGCAAGAGCGCGACUCGUGCGUAGAACAACAGACCCAACAGCAGCCACAGCAGCAAGCGCGGCAGCUCUAUUCUCAACAGAGCGUGCCGUCCGCAGUGCCGUCCGCCAUGCUGUCCGUCGUGCCGUCCUCUGUGCCGUCCCAUCGGUCUCCACGAUCGUCGUCGCUCGACAGCUACGACCACGUAAUCGUGUCGCACUCGCCUCACGGCGACUUCGGCGGCACGUCGCACGUGCCCUUCGCACAGCGCCCCCAGCUGCCCUCCCCCAAGCAACUCCACGCGCCUCUCAAUCCGCACGCGUCGCAAACUUCUCCCCCGCAAAACGGCGCGCCAGGCCACAUUUCCCCCUCCCGCGGCAGCGCGCCCAUCGCCACCCCGCGGCCAGCGCGCCCGUCCCAUCGGCGCACAGCCUCCGCUUCCGCCGCCUCCGCGCUCCUCCAGCACAACUUCUCCGCUGACAUGCUCGAGGGCAGCUCCUCCCCGCGCCCCGCGUUCUUCUCCCGCCCGCCCCCCUCCCCGCGCCACACACCCGCGCAGCCUAUAGCGCCGUCCGCCGCAGCGGCGCUCGUGGCCGCCGCUUCCGCGGGAAGCGGACCCGCGACGCCGCGGGGAGCCUCUCCGCGGAGGAGCUCUUCGCCCGCGGGAGUGCGCGUGGUGAACAGUGCGAGCCGCGCCGUACAGGACUUGCAUGCGCGGCUGCUGGCUGCCGCCCAGAUGAUUGCAGACGGGGACACGGCGGGUGCGGCUGCUACGGCGGAGGCGGCAGCGGCUGUAGCAGCGGCGAUGCAGCAGCAGCAAUGGCAGGCGCAGCAGCAGGGAGGGGGGAAGCGGCAGGGGCGCGCAAUAGGGAUUUCGGAACUGCAGAUGGAGUUGGGGGCCGCGCAAGGACGCUCCGCGGCAGGCGGAGAUUCCCCCUUGAGGGGAAAUUCCCCGCUCCCGCAAGCUGGCGGACCAGCAGCGCAAGGCGCAGGUCUGGCGGGAGCAGCGAGCCACGCGGACAGGUCAGGGAGAGGCGCGGUUGGCGCAGUAAUGCGAUCAGGCGGAGCAAGCCCGGGGGCCGCGUCUGAGCGCGCGGAGCAGCUGAAGCGGCGGGGAAGCGCGAUGCUGAGGGAAGAGGACAUGCGCGCCCUCUCGCACAUGUCCCUUGGGGACCCCUCAGGAGGCGCCGUGGGUUCAGGUGGGCUUUCAGGUGAAAUCUCAGGUAGGCGCCAAGGCGCAGGUGACUGUGCAGGUUUCGCGGGUUCUAGUAACGGGGGAGCUGGUAACGGGGAUGCGGGGGUGUGCAACCGUCCUGUGAAGCAGAGGGUGUCGACGGGCCAUCGAUCCGCCUCCUCCAGUGGCGUUGGCGCGGGAAUCGGCGUGAAUAACGGUGGGGGCAGCGGCGGAGGCAGCAGCGGCGGGGGCAGCGGUGAUUAUGCCUCCGCGCUUUCCGCUGCAGCAGCUGCUGCUCUGUCUGCAGCAGGGGCUCCAGUCGGGAUUUCUCCAGGGGAAAUUACCCAGAUUGCCCAGAAAUGGAUGGAGCUGCAGGCGGGGGGGGCCCUGGGAGGGGCACAAGGUCACAUGGGGCAAUCUGGGCAGACACAGCAGCAGGCUCGCCCGCAGCACCAGGUGGUUCCUCAGGUGUUUUCUCAGGUGGUGGCGCCGCACCGCCAGCAGCAGGGGCGGCAGCUGAACGCUACACUGGGCGCGGGCGUGCGCAAGCCAGCGAGUUUUUCGGGCAACGUGGAAGAUGUUUUCGGGCAGUAUGAGGGGCUGCCCCCACGAGACCACGUUCUUAGGAAGGAGUAUGGGGAGAUUAAAGGCCUAUUUGUUCUGCAUAGCAAGGAGCUGGGCAGCGGGCAGUUUGGAAUCAUUCGGCCGUGCAUGGAGGUGGCGACCGGGCAGGUGUUUGCCUGCAAGACCAUCAACAAGAAAUGUAUUCAGUCGAAGGAGGACGCGGAGGACAUCCGGAAGGAGGUGGCUUGCCUCACGCUGCUGCGCGGCCACCCCACCAUCGUGGCUCUCAGAGACACCGUGGAGGACGAGGAGAACAUCCACAUAGUGAUGGAGCUGUGCCAGGGCGGCGAUCUCUUCGACCGGGUGAGCAGCAGCGGGCGGCUGACGGAGCAGUGUGCCGCCCGGCUGUGCCGCGCGCUGGUGGAGGCGCUGCUGCACUGCCACUGCCACGGCAUCCUGCACCGCGACAUCAAGCCCGAAAACAUCCUGCUGUGCGACCGAUCAGAGAAUUCGAGGAUCAAGCUGGUCGACUUUGGAGUGGCCACGUUCUUUGAGCCCGGCAAACGGCUCACAGAGGUGCUGGGGACGCCCGAGUACAUGGCGCCAGAGGUGCUGCUGCAGUCAUACGGGCCAGAGGCCGACAUCUGGUCGGCGGGCGUCGUCUUAUACAUCCUGCUGUGCGGCGUGCCGCCCUUCUGGGCGUCGUCACGCAAGUGCGUGGCGGAGGCGAUUCUCAAGGGCUCCGUGAGCUUCAAAUCCGCUAAGUGGGCUAACGCAAGCGAGGAGUGCAAGGAGCUUGUAAGGAGGAUGCUUACAAAGGAUCCACGGGAGCGAAUCACGGCACUGGAAAUUCUGGAUCAUCCAUGGAUUCGCAGGUAUCAAUAA